CCCAUUCGUCCCCUCUCUCCGACACCACCUCCCAAUAAAACGCCACCGCCCCACUCGCCGGAGCCGGCUGCCGCGGGAUGCCUCAAGAUUCGCGCCCAGCCGGGAUGCGCCUCUUCGGGGUCACCAUUGCGCCGGCGCCGGAUCCCCCCGACCACCGGGAUCCGAACCCGCCGGUGCCGGUCAGGGAGGACGUGAUGCGCAAGUGCAAGAGCAUGGGCAACCUGGCCGCCCUCGCCUCCGCCUCCGCCUCCGGGGACGCUGGCGGCGCCGCCGCAGCCGAUGGGUACCUCUCCGACGGCGGGCUGCUCCAGUCCUCCGGCAAGCGGCGGAGGGCGCAGGAGAGGAAGAAAGCUGUCCCUUGGACUGAAGAAGAGCAUAGGACAUUUCUUGCUGGUCUUGAAAAGCUAGGGAAGGGGGACUGGAGGGGUAUAGCGAAAAAUUUCGUUACUACCAGGACACCAACUCAAGUGGCCAGUCAUGCUCAGAAAUAUUUUCUUAGACAAACUAAUCCAAACAAGAAGAAGCGCAGGUCUAGCCUCUUCGACAUGAUGGCAAGCGAUUUGUCGCCAGCACCAAAUUGCCCCAUCUUACCACCAACAAUGGCAAAAUUACAUGAGAUGGUAGCUAUGACUAAACAGCUCCAGAAUAGCAACUUGGAAGGAGUCUCAUCUUCGAACGCGGCUAAUGUAGCAUCACAAGUUGGAAGAGAUCUUCCUCCCCCAGUUCCAUCUUUUAAGGCAACAAAUUUAGAUACAAGCCUUGUCAAAACGAACCGCAUGAAUCUUUUGCGAUGAUUUGGAUGGCCGCUUGUCGGAGUGUUGGAGCAUGGCAUAGGAGUGCUUCUCGCGGACACACUUCUCAUUCAGACAGAUCCCUAUGAUCGCUGAAGGGACCUCUUCAACAAGUAUUACUCCGACUGCCAAUGUAACUGCUCCGGCAUUUCAAGCUAACAUUACUGCAUUCCCGAUCCCACAAAGUGACCCCUCACCGCCGUCUCCUCCGAAGGCAGAUCAUCCAGAGGAGAACAAGGAUCUGGAGCUGACGGUCGCCCCACCCUCCCAACAAACCAUGACCAACAUUUCUUCCCAGAAUGUGGUAGGCGUGAUUCAAGUCGUUUAAGCUAAUAAUUUUUUUGGGGGGAAAUCAUCAUGUCAUUAACAGUUCUCAAUAUAAACAUUAGCUUUUUUAUUAGUGAUAAAUCAAUAAAAGCAGGAAUCAAAGACAGAAUCGUUGUCUGUAACUCUGUAUGCUCCCAGCCGUCUCGUAUCUGUUGUUCUUGUGUGGAGCCUGUUUUUGCUUUCUUUUGGUGCCACCUCUGCAUGAUGUUUUAGGAAACUGGCAUGUGCCCAGCUGAUCAUUCUUUGUGCUGUUGGAAUUAAUUCAGUGCAGUUCAGGCCAGGUCCAUGCCAUGCAUGGUUCUCUGCA